AUGAGCGCAAUUCUCAGAAACAGACAGGCACGGGCGUUUUCUACGACCGCCGCCAAGCAGGCGACAAAAUUCAACAAGUAUUCGGCCGUCAUCACGGAGCCUAAGUCCAACGGGGCGUCCCAGGCAAUGCUCUAUGCAACCGGGUUCAAGGAGGGUGACUUCACAAAGGGCCAGGUGGGUGUCGGCUCAUGCUGGUGGAGUGGGAACCCCUGCAACAUGCACUUGAUGGACUUGAACAACAUGUGUUCUGAGUCUGUCGAGAAGGCCGGCCUCAAGGGCAUGCAGUUCAACACGAUUGGUAUCUCCGACGGGAUGUCGAUGGGAACCAGUGGUAUGCGGUACUCCUUGCAAUCGCGUGAGAUCAUUGCUGACUCGUUCGAAACGAUUGUUCUGGGCCAGCACUACGACGCCAACAUUGGUAUCCCAGGGUGUGACAAGAACAUGCCCGGCGUGCUGAUGGCCUUUGCUAGACACAACAGACCGUCCAUCAUGGUAUACGGUGGUACUAUCUUGCCAGGCUCGGGUACGUGUGGUGGUGUUCCUGACAAGUUGGACGUCGUGUCUGCCUUCCAAUCCUACGGCCAGUACUUGUCCCACGAGAUCGACGAAACGCAGAGAGAAGACAUCAUCAAGCACGCAUGUCCAGGCCCGGGAGCCUGCGGUGGUAUGUACACCGCCAACACCAUGGCCUCCGCGUCCGAAGUCUUGGGUAUGUCUCUGCCAUAUUCCUCCUCCGCUCCAGCCACCUCAGAGGCUAAGAAAAAUGAAUGUGCUACUGUGGGUUUCGCCAUCAAGAACCUGAUUGAGAAGGACAUCAGACCAAGAGACAUCCUCACCAGAACCGCGUUUGAAAACGCAAUCAGAUACAUCAUUGCUGUUGGUGGUUCCACCAACGCAGUCCUCCACUUGAUUGCCAUCGCACACACCGCCAACAUCAAGUUGACCAUCGAUGAUUUUCAAAAGAUUUCUGACGACACUCCUUUGUUGGGUGACUUCAAGCCUUCUGGUAAGUACGUUAUGGCAGACUUGCCUAGGGUCGGUGGUACUCCAGCUGUCAUGAAAUUCUUGCUAAAAGAGGGUUUCCUCGAUGGUAGCACCAUGACCGUCACCGGUAAGACAAUGAAGGAUAACCUUGAUGAAUUGCCAGGCUUCCCAGAGGGACAGGACAUAAUGAGACCUCUUUCCAACCCUAUCAAGAAAUCAGGACACUUACAAAUUUUGAAGGGUUCUCUUGCUCCAGAAGGCUCUGUUGCCAAAAUCACGGGUAAAGAAGGUACCAGAUUCACCGGUAAGGCAAAAUGUUACGAUGAAGAAGCUGACUUUAUUAAGGCACUCGAAAAUGGUGACAUCAAGAAGGGCGAAAAAACUGUUGUUGUCAUCAGAUACCAGGGUCCAAAGGGUGGUCCAGGUAUGCCUGAAAUGUUGAAGCCUUCCUCCGCCUUGAUGGGUUACGGUCUCGGUAAGGAUUGCGCCCUAUUAACUGAUGGUAGAUUUUCUGGUGGUUCCCAUGGUUUUUUGAUCGGUCACAUUGUUCCUGAAGCAUUCGAAGGUGGUCCAAUCGCUUUGGUCCAAGACGGUGAUGAAAUCGUCAUUGACGCUGACAACAACAUCAUUGACGUCUCCGUUUCUUCUGAAGAGUUGGAAGCCAGAAAGAAGGAAUGGAAGAAACCAGAAUUGAAAUAUAAGAGAGGUACUCUUUACAAGUACAACAAGCUAGUCUCCGACGCAUCCAAGGGUUGUGUUCUGGACUUUGACGGCAAUGACAACUGA